UCUCGAGAAGUGACUCAGCAGCCUGUCUCGACGGCAACCACAUCGCAGCAGAUGGCAUGCUGCCGAGAUGCCGUUUCGGGACCACUGCCGUUCGUCUUGGCCUUCCGACCUUCUCAACAUGUGCACGGCAACUAGAGCAGACCCGCGUACGCGUUCCUUGUCGAAGCAACGGCAGCUUCAAUCUCGACGUCCGCUAUCCAGAUCACUACGCUCCCCAGCCAAGUAGAGCUUCUCAAGCUGCAGUCAUAUAUCUGCCCCGGGGACCACUCCUCAACAACCCAAAACAUGAUGAUUUGAACCUGGAUACACUGCAACGCACGCUCUCCUUACCAGUCAUCUGUAUCAAUUACCGUUGUGGCAAUGAGGACAAAUACCCAACUGCUAUCCACGAUGUCAUCGCUGGUUACGAUUGGGUUGUACAGAAUCUGUUCAACGAAACCACAGCCACCAAUAGGUUCAGUCACCACGGACGUACACGCAACAAAGUCGCAGUUCUUGGUGAACUCAUCGGCGGCUCACUGGCCACCACUCUAGCCUUGACAGAAUGCCGCGCCAAAGAGCCAGCAGCGGUGGUAGCCGCUGCGAUCAAUAACCCUAUCGCAGAUUGGGUCGACCUCGACGAGGAUGACCGAGCCAAGCCAUGCUUACCGGACCAAGCUCCACUUACGUUACAGCAACUCCAUCGGCAGAGAGACUCCCUCUUCCGCCAACCAGCAGACUACUUCGAUCCUUUCGUCUCCCCAGCUCUCUUCUUUCGAGCCGCAGGCUUGAAAGUACCGGCCUCAAAGCCCCCACUGAGCGAUAUGGAGGAACUCGCAGAGUUGGAGAAACAAGACUUCUUUCGGUCCCAGUUGGCUCUUAGCGCCAUUCCAAAUGCCUACGCAUCGAUGGAGACUGCCUUGUUUUCGAAAUCUGAGCAGGAGACCAGUCGAAAGUCCUCGAGAAGAUAUCCUAGCAAAUCACUCGCGAUACAAUUGCCCCGCUUUCGAAUCACUUCUGGGAGGGACUCUGUUAUUGCCGGACAGUCGAAAGAUUUGAAGACCCUUCUAGACAAGGCUGUUGAGAGACAGAGUAAGCCGAAGGGUUCUCCUGCCAAUUCUUCUCGAACUCGACUGGGAAUGUGCACUUCACAAACCGCUGCAGUGUCUGAGAUGGUAUCUCACGAAGAAGUCGGUGGGUCCGGUCUAUGGGAUGAAUCUGAAAAGGGGAGAUCGAGGAUGCGAGAUGCUGCGCUAUGGGUGGAGCAGGCUUUGCGUUAGCCCACGUUUGCAGUGAGGAGCGUGGGCAUACCUUGGUCAAGAGCCACUAUUGGGAGCAUUCUAUCAUGGUAUACAGCGCCACCAUGCCACCAAAUUCGGCAGUCGUGUGGAAACUCUGGCCGAGUCUGAAGGUGACCUGUCUUCCUGGCGCGUAACAGCCCAGUCCACUGUACAGGCUGCAAAUCCUAGACUAAUACUUCUUGUCCAAAUAUAUUGUCACUUUCGAAUCUCCCACUCUCGAAUCUGUUUCUCUCGAAUCUGUCCCUCUCGAAUCUCUUACUCUCGAAGUUCUUACUCCGAACAAGUCACGACGAGUAUAUAGAAAAUGAGAGUCGGCGCGCUGCUAGUUAUAAGAUGAUUCACUGACCAGUCGCUGACCAGUCACUGCCCAGCGCGGGCUCGCUUAGCUGGGUAUGUACACAAAUUGUAUCGUCGAAGCUCGCCCCAUGCUUCAUAUGUGCACCUCGCUCGCCGGUCUCUUCCCAUUCCUGCAGUCGCAGCUUGCCAUUGCUCAGGCCUUACCGCUCUUGUCUUCCAAUAUACCCUCGGCUUCCAAACGUCUCCGCGCUUCCUCCAGAGCCCAUGUUUGUAUGCUUGUGUCGGGCUUAUAGCAGUAUCCAAUUACCAUGAAAGCCAUGCAUCCUCCGAACCCAUAGAACCACACUUUCUCCCAGCCUUCAUUCUCGUACUGCUCUCCUGGCUUCACACCAAAGAGCCAGCCGCCGGGUGGGUCGUAGCGGUUUUCGUGUGCGUGGUCGCCGCCGCUGCGGGCGAUUGUGGAGGAGAAUGGCCGUGAUCCAGCGCGGGUGGCGGCGGCGGUGAGGUUGGGGACGAUCUGUAGACGCGCGCGAGAUGUCGUGAGCAGGCGAGAGGUGCGUAGCAGCGACAUUGUUGCUGUCUGUGGGUGUGUGUCGGGGGUGUGUGUAGAUGGGAGAGCCAGCG